AUGUCCUUCACCCACCCUCGUCGAAGGACUCCGGUGACUCGCCCGGACAGCGACACCGAGAAUGUUUUGUCCCUUAAGAACAGCUCUACCCUCCGCAAGGGUGCGACCUUUCACUCUCCUACUUCACCAUCUUUGACUUCGGACGUCACCUUCGUCCCUCCUACUCUGCCUCGAGCUCAGUCUCAUCUGGAUGAUGUUGUCGAUGCCAACCGUCGACGUGUGGCCUUGACUCUCAACGACAUCGACGAGGCUCUGGCUAAGACCCAAGAGCUCUCUCUGUCACCCAAGUCAAAGCCCAAGACUCUUCGCGACACCAGUCUGCCCAUCCCUCGUGGCUUCCUCGAGGGACCCAUCGUCGAUCCCAAGAUGACAAAAGAGGAAGACAGGCGCACUUUGCGCCCUAGAAUUCGCUCUUCGCGAGACCAUGCACACCUGUCUGACAGCGGUUUGGGUACAUCGGUGGCUUCCACAAACGAGAAGCGGGAUGCAGUCACUGCAUCAAAGGAGACAAAAGCGCAACAAACACGAUGCAUCACAAGGUCUGCUGCUUCCACGGCGGGGAAGCUUCCUUCACUGGGAUCUAAAGCUGUUAACCGCAUUCACGAGCAUACUCUGCGCCCUUUGUUGGCCAAGCCGACUCUCAAGGAGUUUGAGCCCAUUGUUCUUGACAUCCCCAGAAGAAUUCGAUCAAAGGAAAUUAUUUGCUUGCGAGAUCUUGAGAAGACUUUGAUCUUUAUGGCACCGGAGAAAGCCAAAUCAGCAACAUUGUACCUGGAUUUCUGCCUUACGUCCGUCCGAUGCAUUCAAGCGACCGUCGAAUAUCUUAGCGACCGCGAGCAAAUUCGACCUGCUGAUCGACCUUACACUAACGGAUACUUCCUCGACCUUAAGGAUCAAAUUCUAGAAUACGGAAAACAACUUGCCGCCAAGAACAGCGGCGACGACAUGGAUAUCGACGCAUCUGAUGAGAUCAAGCUCAUUGGUGGCCUAUCUGAGAACGGUCGUCCUGCCGAACUCGUCCGUGUUCGCAAGGACGGCACUUACAUCUCUCUUGAGACUGGUAAGCCUGUCGAGACAGACGACGAUAUGCCAGUCCAGAUGAAGCGCUCUUUGAGCCAGCAGCUGGAGGAUGAGGAGGAGAUCCAGCGAUCCAUGGCUCGUCGUAAGAAGAACGCCUCCCCCGAGGAGCUGGCCCCCAAGAAGUGCCGUGAGCCUGGUUGCAACAAGGAAUUUAAGCGACCCUGUGACCUCACAAAGCAUGAAAAGACACAUUCUCGUCCUUGGAAGUGCCCUGUCCCGACUUGCAAGUACCACAACUACGGUUGGCCUACCGAGAAGGAAAUGGAUCGACACCAUAACGACAAGCACUCCGAUGCCCCUGCUAUGUAUGAGUGCGCGUUCAAGCCUUGCCCGUACAAGUCAAAGCGUGAAUCAAACUGCAAACAGCACAUGGAGAAGGCUCACGGCUGGACCUAUGUUCGAACCAAGACCAACGGCAAGAAGCUGCCUUCGAUCGCUGGCAGUGUUCAACAGCAGACACCUCCUCUGGGCAACAUGUCGACACCAUCUUCGACCGAGUACAACAGUGUACCCACGCCUCCUCAAAACGACGUGACCCAGUUCAUGGGUAACGACUUUCCUCUCUACCCUACUGACUCCGACUGGAUGUCACACAACAACAUCCCUUCUGAGGCGAUGCAUUUGGACUUGACUCUUGACUCAACUUCACCUGCUUCUGCUAGUUCUUACGAGCAAUAUGCGCCAUACCAGAACGGCUCGGCUUUUAUUCUCGAUAACGAAGAUCUCUACGCUGCCCACAUGCAGCUUCCGACUCAACUCCCCACACCCGAGCAACUCAUGUACAGCAACCCCAAGAUGAUGCAACAACAGCUGCCUAUGUAUCAGCAAGUUCCUCAGCAGGUUCCUGUUCAGGCUGCUCCAUCUCAAUUCUCACCAACUGGUCAGGAGACUGCCAUGCUCUUUACUCCCAACUCACUGAGAGAUGUUGAUGAGGGAUUCGAUGACUCCUUUGGCGGAGACGGAAUGGAUUUUCCACUCUUCCCUAGUGGCGACAACAUGAUUAAGACCAAUGAUUAUCCGUCGCUAUUUGGCGAGAUUCCCAGUGCCAAUCUGAGCUUCUCCCAAAAUUCCCAAGACCUUUUCCAAAUGGACUGGUCUAGCAUGCAACCGGAAAUGAAUUUCUCGCCAAACCGCUUCGAUUAG